AACGACGACGGCGGCGGCGGAAAAUAAGGGAAAUAGGUCGAAGGGAAACGGCUGUGAGGAGGUGGUGGAGGUGUAGAAGAGAGGGGUGGCCGAGGAAGGGUUGAUGCGCCGAUAAGCCGGAAUGAAGGGAAAAGAUGAAAAGGGCGGCGGAUGGAAAGAAAAAAGAAGGCGAGGAAUCCCGAGGGCCCGGCCAGUUAGUGGUUACGGGUUAGUGGUGUUGCGCUCGCGUGAUCUACGCGACAGCCCCCGGCAACGUUGGGUUGGUUCUUUUCCUGUCAUUUUGAUCGGAUGUUUCUUCUGUAAAGGAGAGAUCGGUCCAAAUGAUCUAUGGAUUUACUCGGGUCUCGAAUCCUACGCUAUCGACCUCGAGGGUGCUGGAAAUGCAUGCCUGAUGAGGGUCAGGCCGUGGGAUUCCUUGUGAGGCUGGCAAUGAAAAGAAGUUCCAAAGAGGAAGGCAUAACGUCACCGCACAAUGCCGGUAUGCACUAGUAAGCC